UUUUCAGAAAAGCAUUUUCAUUUCAACAUAGAUGGCCAUGCAACCUGCAAUUCAAGUGUGGUUUGGAGAAGACCUGCCUCUAAGUCCGCGGAGUCCUCUGACCCCCAGACAUGGGCCAGGGUUGGCUGAUGUUUGUCAGUAUGAUGAGUGGAUAGCUGUGAGGCAUGAAGCCACCCUGUUGCCCAUGCAAGAAGAUCUGUCAAUAUGGCUAUCUGGUUUGUUAGGUAUUGAAGUUAAGGCAGAACGAUUAUUGGAAGAACUUGAUAAUGGAGUACUACUAUGCCAACUGAUUGAUGUUCUUCAAAACAUGGUGAAAACAUGCAACUCUGAAGAUCCUGGGAAUUUUCCAAUGAGAAAAGUGCCCUGUAAGAAAGAUGCUGUCUCAGGUUCAUUCUUUGCUAGAGACAAUACUGCAAACUUCCUUCACUGGUGUAGGCACAUUGGGGUUGAUGAGACUUACCUCUUUGAAUCUGAAGGUUUAGUUUUGCACAAAGACCCAAGACAGGUGUAUCUUUGUCUUCUAGAAAUUGGUCGAAUUGUGUCAAGAUACGGGAUUGAGCCGCCAGUAUUAGUAAAACUUGAGAAAGAAAUUGAACUGGAAGAGACCUUACUUAAUACUUCUGGGCCUGAAGAUUCCAUUAGCAUUCCGAAAUCAUGCUGUCAGCAUGAAGAACUUCAUGAAGCUGUUAAACAUAUUGCUGAAGACCCUCCUUGUAGUUGUUCCCACCGAUUUUCUAUUGAGUACUUAUCUGAAGGACGGUACCGACUUGGGGAUAAGAUACUCUUUAUAAGAGUAAGUCCACCAUUUACAUUCUAUUUACAUACAGAUCUUGUUUUGAAAUUGGAUUUAUUGCUUUACCAAAUUCCUUUUGCUUCUCUUUUAAUUUUUAAAAAAUUGGAAUAGAGCGUGUUAUUAAUGGAAGAAUUUUACUCUACAGGAAAAAUACGGAAUUCUUGCUUUCAUGAGCGUAUAAUGAGUUUGGGUAGAUACCUUGAACACAACAAACUCCUAACUACAGGAUAGCUAAGACUACUCAGACAUUGAAUAUAAUUUUGGGGGGAAAAUAUUUGUAUACUUCAGGUAAUGUAUUCCAUUUUUGAUAUUUUCUAAAAAGGCAUAAUUUUGCAUCAUGAGAAGAAAAAAGCAAAACAAUACAUCUAGUAAGUUUCAAUAUCAGUCAUAAGAAAAGGAGGUAGAAACACUGAAGCUUAUAAUACUGUAUAGAUUGGGUCUUAAGUGUAAAACCUUUUUGCAUUGACACAGCAUCAGUGCAUAUACCACCAUCCUGAUAUGCAUCUUCAUUCCCUUCCUUCGCCCCAUCUGCAACCCACAGGUUGUUGGCCAUCCCCUUUAUUGGUAAAGAGAAGUUUCACCUGUUGAGCAUUCUGUCUACUUCUGAUACUAGACCUCUUUUAUUCCCAAUUUAGGACUAGAAUAUAAAAGUUUUUAAAAGAUGAUUUCGCCAUCCAUAUUUUCUGUUAUUUCAUAUGUUAUCAUUACCCACAACCCACCCAACUCACAUAGAAACACAUCCAAGCAUUUUCUACUUUUUAAUUAGCUUUAUUUUUUUUAAGGCAGUCUGAUACAGUGAUGGUGCACAGAGCAUGGGAUUUAAGUUCAAAUUUGCAGGGCAAUCUCAAAUAAUUGAGAAUAUUUGCCUGCUGAAUGGAUAGGGGCUUGAAAAUCAGCUGGGGCUGUGCUGGCAGACCCAGGAUGCAUCUUGUCCGCACAAAAACACCAUUUGGGUUGGGCAGCCUGGUAUGUUUGAGGCCAGGCCAGGCUGUGUGAUUUGAGACUAUUUCCUCAAUCUCUCAGAAAAUACAAAA